UCAGGUUUCGGGGUCUACAGUUGACAGCAGAACCAGGACAAUGAAGUGGGCCUUUGUUGUGUGUGCCAUGGUGGCACUGUCUGAGUGCCUUAUCCAGGUCCCUCUGGAGAAGGGUAAGACAGCCAGGGAGUACCUGGAGGAGCAGGGUCUCUGGGAGGAGUACAGGCUCAAGUACCCAUACAACCCCAUGGCCAAGUUUGACCAUCGCUUUGCUGUAGGCGAUGAGUCCAUGACCAACGAUGCUGAUCUGGCCUACUAUGGAAUCAUCUCCAUUGGAACUCCUCCUCAGUCCUUCAAGGUCAUCUUUGACACUGGCUCGUCAAACCUGUGGGUGCCCUCCAUCUAUUGCAGCAGUCCAGCCUGCAACAAUCAUGACAAGUUUAACCCUAGCACCAGCAGCACCUACAGGAACAGCGGCAAGUCUCUUCAAAUCCAGUACGGCACUGGCAGCAUGACUGGAUUCCUUGGUUACGAUACUGUGGGGGUGGGGGGUAUUUCUGUGAAAAACCAGAUCUUUGGCCUGAGCGAGAGUGAGGCUCCCUUCAUGCAGUACAUGCGUGCUGAUGGUAUCCUGGGCCUGGCAUACCCACGACUGUCUGCUUCUGGCGCUACACCCGUCUUCGACAACAUGAUGAAGGAGGGCCUUGUCAACCAGGACAUGUUCUCUGUCUACCUUAGCUCAAACUCUCAGCAAGGUAGUGUGGUGACUUUCGGUGGUUCUGACCCCAACCACUACACUGGUUCCAUCUCCUGGAUUCCCCUCUCCAAUGAGCUGUACUGGCAGAUCACAGUGGACAGUGUUACCGUCAAUGGUCAGGUUGUGGCUUGCAAUGGUGGUUGCCAGGCUAUUGUGGACACUGGCACCUCUCUGAUUGUUGGACCUCAGAGCAGCAUCAGCAACAUCAACAGUUAUGUGGGAGCUAGCAGCCAGAAUGGAGACUAUGUUGUCAACUGUAACAGCAUUGGCCAAAUGCCAGAUGUGACCUUCCACAUCCACGGACAGGAGUUCACCAUCCCAGCCUCUGCCUACGUUCGUCAGUCUCAGUACUAUGGCUGCCGUACUGGCUUUGGCAACGGUGGUGACAGCCUGUGGAUCCUGGGUGAUGUCUUUAUCAGACAGUACUAUUCCAUCUUCAGCAGAGCCCAGAAUAUGGUGGGUCUGGCCAAGGCUGUAUAAAAAACCUGAAGUCACCUUGCCCAAGAGCCUUGCAACAAUCAUGUAUAAAUCUUAGUGUGAUAGUAGAAUUUCAGUGCUACUGUACUGAUGUAUGAUGCCUGAGAUUCAAAUAAUUUGCUUGUCCUAUAAAUGAUUAUGUUUCCUUAAAUCCAAUAAAACAUUUAACUCAA